AUGUCUGAAAAUGGAAAGAUUAUAUUCGUAACGGUUGGUUCAACCGGGUUUGAUCAAAUAGUUAAUCUUAUCUCAUCAAUACCAUGUCUCAAAUUAUUAAAAUCUCAAGGAUUCGCCAAAUUAAUCGUUCAAUAUGGAAAAAGUCAAAAUGCGUUUAAUGAUGCGAUUCAAACGCGUAAUAAUCAGAUAAACGAAAUUGAAAUCAUUGGGUAUGAUUAUAAACCAUCAUUAAGUGAGGAUAUGAAAAAUGCGGAUCUGAUUAUUAGUCAUGCUGGAUCGGGUUCUAUCCUAGAAUCACUUCGUUUUCAUAAACCUUUAAUUGUAGUAGUGAAUGAGAAUUUAAUGGAUAAUCAUCAAAUGGAACUUGCUAUUGAAUUACAAAAUAAAGGUUAUCUUGUGUAUAGUUCGAUCAGUGAUCUUUUGGAGGUUUUGAAUUCGUGUACUUACGAAAACUUGAUCCCUUUUCCGGUACUGGACAAAUCACUUUUUGCAAAUGUUUUAAGUGAACUUUGA